AUGGCAUCAUCAACCUCAGCAAUCGCUCUCCGGGAGACUCGUACGCCCCAGGACACAAUAUCCAUAUCCUUAGAAGAAGAAGAAGAGGCCCCAGCACCGAAUCCAUCUGCUAUAUCCAACAUAUCAGUAUCCCCCGAACUCCGGCCCAUGACCCGCCAACGCCAGAUCUUAGUCCUGAUAUCUAGUUUCCUAACCAUCUGCAUCACAAUCGGCUUUAACCAGGCCUAUGGCGUGUUUCAGUCCUACUAUAUAUCGCCGUCCCAGACCAUGCUGCCGAAAACUACCGCGGAGGAUGGGGCGCUAGUAGCUUUUGUGGGAUCCCUGGGGUAUGGACUUACGUGGGGUGGCAGUAUUGUUGUCAAUCCUGUUAUUGCGCGGUUGGGGAUAAAGGGGACGAGGGGGGUUAGUGUGUUGGGGGUGCUGUGUAUGAGUGCGGGGUUUGGGUUGGCGAGUUUGAGUACACAGGUCUGGCACCUCCUCCUAACCCAAGGCCUCCUUUAUGGCAUCGGCUCCUCAUGCCUCUACUUCCCCAUCCUCAGCUCCGCCCCAGAAUACUUCACCACGCACCGCGGCGCCGCCAUGGGCUUCAUCCUAUCAGGCGCCGGGAUCGGCGGGCUCGUCUUCUCGCCCCUAAUCCGGGCUCUCCUCAACGCUCUCGGACCGCGCUGGACAUUACGCACGCUCUCGCUCCUCAACCUACUUAUCUCCCUCCCCAUCGCCAUCACCGCCGCGCCAUCCCGCUUCGUAGGCCGAAGACCUACGCACAUUAACCUCGCACUAGCCACGAAACCCGCGUUCCUGCUCAGUGUGGGCGCGGGGUUCCUCCAGGCGGGUGGAAAUGGACUGCCGCUUACAUUUUUGGCGGAGUAUUCGGUGGCGCUGGGGUAUUCGCCGGGGAGAGGGGCGACGCUGUUGGCGCUUAGUAACGGGGUAAAUUCUGUGAGUCGUGUUUUGACUGGGUGGGUGGGGGAUAGGUGUGGGAGGCAGAAUACGCUGAUUGCGAAUGUGGUGUUGUGUGUUGUUUCUGUGCUGGGGUUUUGGUUGGGGAGUGCGAGCUCAGGGGAAGGGGGGAGUAGGAGUUUGUGGGUGUGCUUUGUGGUGGUUUAUGGGAUCGCUGGGGGUGGGUAUAAUGCGUUGUUUCCUACUACAAUCGCCGAAGUCUUCGGCCUCCAAGCCUACGCCAGCGUCAACGGUUUCAUAUACUUCGUGCGCGGCCUCGGCCAGAUCUUCGGAAGUCCAGUCGGUGGUAAGAUAUUAGGCGAGAGCAAGCUAGGGAAUUAUAGGAACGUUGUAUUGUUUGAUGCAGCACUGCUUGGGGGAGCUGCGCUGUGCGUGAUUGGGGUGCGGUUUUGGGAUGCUGUUGAUAAACGGAGAUGGAUGUGGAAGGCGUGA